AGUUAGGCCCUAGAAUUAGGAGAAGGAUAAAUAACAUCAUUAAGGCAAGCAAUUAUUGGAGGGUGCAGUUUAAUGGGGCUGAUGGUUAUGAAGUGUCUUGUGGUUCUGACACCUAUCUAGUUGACUUGGCCAAUAGAAGUUGUUUGUGUGAGCAGUGGGAUGUGUCUGGGAUUCCUUGUAAACACGCCAUAUGUGCAAUUAGGUACAAAGGUCAUCCUAUAGAGGAUUAUGUGUCUAAUUGGUACAAGAAGGACAUGUAUAGGCAUACAUAUUCUUUCAUGAUGACACCUUUAGCUGGUCCAUUAUUCUGGCCUAAAACAAACAUCAAGGUCUUACCUGCUGCACUAAAAGAAAAAGAACUAGGCAGGCCCAAGAAGAAUAGGAUCAAGGAAUUAGGUGAGUUUCCUAGAAGUGGCAAGCUACCCAAGAGAGGUACAACAAUUACUUGCCAGUUAUGCUUCAAGAAAGGACACAACAAAAAAGGGUGUCCUUCAAAAGAGCAAAUACUGCAUGGAAAUUCUACUUUUCCUUCUGAUGACCUUGAAGGUGGAAGUUCAAACCCAACACAUGUCAGUUCAAACCUAGAAGAGUUUCAGGAAGCCAAUGGUCCUACUGAACCUGCAGCACAAGCAAAUGUUGGUGGUAAUACACUGCAUGCAUAUUUUACUGAAAACCAAAGCUCAGGGGACACAGGUGCUGAUGGUGUAUUCCAAUGGAGAGGAAAUAAAGCAAUUACUGCUACAGGUUUGGAGAGACUGAGAGCAAGAAAUGCAAAAGAAAAGAAUGCCAAUGCUGUAAGAUUAAGGAAAAGAGCUGCUGAAGAGGUGGAAUUUCAUGCUGAUGCCACAACUGCAAGACAGAGGUUCCAUGCUUUGUAUGACUCCAUGGAAGACAAUGAUGGGCAGUAGUUAGCUUAUGUAAUAUAUGGGAAGAUCCUAUUGCCAUUUUUUGCAUAAUAUAUGGGCUUGUAAGGAUCUUAAACACUACAACAUAUGUAUAUGGGCUUGUAAGGGUCAUUUGCAAGUUUUUUUGUGUUCUUUUUACUUGCAUAUGAAAUUCAGGUGAUUUAGUAG